ACAUGUGGAGAAGGAACGAACAGAAUAGACGCCAACAGAAAUUUUGUGACCAGGCGAUCGAUCCAAGAAGUAUUCUGGUCAGCAAAAUGAUCAAGCCAAGUUGUCAGAUCUGUGAAGAAAACCAACACAAGUACAAGUGCCCAGCCUGUGAGAUAAAAUAUUGUUCAGUUCCAUGCUUUAAAAAACACAAAGAGGAGUGCGUUCCCAAGGAGAAAGAAAGCAAGAAAGAUAACUCUGAUCAAACAGCCACAUCUGUGGAUCCAGCAUGUGACAGAGAAAACAGCCCACCCGUGGAUUCUGGAGAAGACAGAGUGCCAAAGAAGUCUCUACAGCUGUUAGGCCAAUCUGACGAGCUGAAAUCUUUGCUGGAAAACCCUCAUCUCCGUACCUUGCUGACCUCCCUUGAUUCCAGUGCCAAUCCAGCCCAGGACAUUGCCACGGCGAUGCAAAUCCCCAUUUUUACAGAAUUCGCAGACACUUGUUUAUCAAUCAUGGACACUGAGGACAAGGCACCGCUGAUAUUAUCGGGCCAAUCUGCAAAACAGUUAUGACCAUGAUUGUGGAGGCGUAGGUGGAUAUGCUUAAAACAUGACAAGCAUGUAUUCGAAUUUGAUAUAGCAGUAACAUAGAACCCCGGUCAGACUGAUAAAGUGUGGAAGCCUUUCCCCAAUAUUGAUGUGUUACAUUCAUGGUCUGUUCCCAACCGUCUGCUUAUCUUCACAGAAGAACAAAAACAUAGUGGAAAUCUCGCUUCUUUUUUGUGUGAAUCAAACCUCCUUCUUACUUUAUUUAUAACUUUCCAACAGGUCCUAAGGUUUUAAUUCUUCAUCCAAAGAGAGCGCAUGGGACAGACACAAGUUACUUCAGAUUUAGUUAGCAACAGACUUUUUGACACAAAAAAUUUCAUAAGGGUAUAUCCAGUUUCAUCAGCUGACGGUCUUUUGACUGAAAUAUUCCUCUUCACAUACAUGUAUUCUGCAUUAGAUUGAAUUUUAUUGUUUAUAUGUAAGUGAAAUGUCAGGAUUUCCGUCACUGAUGAAGUGUUAUUUCACACAGUUAUAUCUCACUUUUGUUAAUACGCUUUGAUAUUUCAAAACUUGAUGCUAUGAGGUCAGAACAGAAGCAUUUUCAUCUAUGAUGUCCCAGUUUCAGCUCAGCAGGACGACAAUACAGGUUCGAUC